UUCGCAUCGCUCCCAAAAUCCCUCCUCUUCUUCCCCCACACCUUCAAAGCCCUCAUCAAUGGCGAUCCGGGGACUCUGCGUCCUCCUCCGCAGAAUCCGUUUCCCAACGCGAUCCCCCGCUCCUUCCUCGCGAAGAUUCGCCGCCGCCGCCGCCGCCGUUCCCGGUUCGACUUGCUUUCAUCCCUUCAGAUUUGGUUUUACACAGGGAAAACAUCAUUGGGAUGUGAUGUUGGGUGUCUUACUUUCUGGACAAGCCGCAAUUUUUCUUGGUGCCAAUGUAAAAACUGUCUUGGCUGAAGAUGUGGCUGAAGAUGCUUUAGAUGGUGAAUUGGUUGCUGGUGAUGAGCAAGGGGAAGCCUAUGUGACUGGUUUACGUAGGAUUGAAGAUGGUUCAGUGAUAUCAAAUGAACAUACAUCCAAAUGGAGAAUAUAUACUGAUAUUGGGAGGGAUCUAUCUCUAAAGGGAAAACUAGAUGAAGCCGAGAAGUAUUUCCAGUUAGCUUUAGGUGAAGCUAAAGAAGGAUUUGGUCCGAAGGAUCCUCAUGUUGCCUCAUCGUGCAACAACCUAGCAGAGAUAUAUAGGGUAAGGAAGAAAUUUGAGAAAGCUGAACCAUUGUAUUUGGAAGCUAUUAGAAUAUUAGAGGAAUCAUUUGGAGCAGAUGAUAUACGUGUAGGUGCUGCUUUGCACAACCUCGGGCAGUUUUAUCUUGCUCAAAAGAAACUUGAUCAAGCUCGAGCAUGUUAUGAGCGGUCCUUGAAGAUUAAAGGGCGUGUUUUGGGUUAUGGCCAUCCAGAUUAUGCAGAGACAAUGUAUCAUCUUGGUAAGGUUUUAUAUCUGCAAGGGAAAGAAAAGGAUGCAGAAGCCCUUAUACGGGAGUCUAUUAGGAUAUUGGAGGAAGCUGGUAUGGGUGAAUCUACAACUUGCAUACGGAGGAUGAGGUAUCUAUCUCAGGUUUUGCUUAACUCCAAUCGACAUGCUGAGGCUGAAAGUCUGCAAAGGAGGUUAUUACACAGCCUGGAACUUUCAAAGGGAUGGGAAUCAUUGGAAACUGUUAUUGCAGCUGAAUCCCUGGCCUUGACUCUCCAAUCUCUUGGGAAUUUGAAGGAAUCACAGGAAUUGUUGGAAAGAUGCCUUGUUGCCAGAAGAAAGAUUCUUUCUGAAGAUCAUGUUCAGGUGGCUGCAAACUUUCUUCAUUUAGCAAGAGUUGGUCUCCUUAGUUCUAAGCACUUACAAACAUCUGAUGCCGAAGCUGAACUCGAUAAGGCAAGACUUCUUCUGGAUAAGUCAAUCAGGAUAACUAAGGCCAUUUUAAAUCCUUCAAAAAAAGUCCAAAAGAGUGUUGAUACUGCUAGUGCAUUGGCUGCAAGUGAGAGAGAGAAGCAUGAAGCUUUUAUCGUCCUUUUACAAUCACUAGAUGCUGUUGGCCUUUUGGAAGUCAGAAGAUGUGAAGUUCUGAUGUCAAAGGAGUCAUGUGAAUAUCCGUUCGAGGCUGAACUUGCACUUCGUGAUUGCCUUGCAAUAUUCAAAGAGCCUCAUAUGCGGAACAUACUGAUGAACACACCGGAUGUCAAGGCAGAGUACUUGUCAUGCUUAAAUCGCCUCUCAAGCAUAAUUAGGGACAGUGCUGUAGAGACGGAGAGGGCGAAAGAGCUUUUUGAAGAAGCCCAGCGGAUAGAGGCCGAGCUGUCCCCGAGAAAACACAGAAAAUGGUACAAAUUUCUUUCGAACUAAUUAUUGGGAAAGUGCUAUACUUCCUAAAUGUGAUAUAUAUCUUAAUCAACUACGAGCGCGGUUUGAUCUUUUCCCUGCAGUUAGUUUUAUGUAAGAAUGUGAUUGGUGAAUAGACAGAAUAAGAGCACCAGAGCCUAGAAAUUUCCAUAUAAAUACUCCCCAUCAGGUAUAGUACAUUUCAUACUGAGCAUCGCCAUAACAAGAUUUGCUCUGGUAAUAUUUGAUACUAUAAGCAGUGUUGUAUGUAGUUACAUUUUUUUUUUUAAUAUAUCUAUUAGAGAUACUACUGUGUUAAAUUGAGUUCAAAACUAUAAAUAUUUGGCGGCUGGAGAUUCACACAGCUUCAGGACUUUGGACUCGGAUGUUUUCGCCAACAAAAGGAUGUAUCACUUGGAGACCAGAGAGACCAGGUAAUGCAUUAUGAUAUGUGUAGUAUGAUACUAAUGUAUGCAUCGAACUUCCUCAAUUGUUUCAAUUAUGAAGUAAAGGGCCGGUUUGGCCCGACUGAAGCUUCUGCCGUAGUAAGAGGCAUUAACAACUUUUUCUAAAGCAGAAAGUGUGCUUUUGCGUGUCGCAGAGGCGGCAUUUCA